UGCAGUCGAAAACCUCUUUGCGGAAAAAGCAGAAAAUGCAGUAAGCCUAAUUCUCACCAAGGACACUGUGAUUCUAGUAGAACUUUUCACCCAUUCUGGAAGAGUUCAUCUUCACAUGUAGCUUUGAAAAGAAAAGGAGAGUUACAAGAACAAAACAAAAGGUUAUCACAGGACAUUGAAGCGAAAAAGGCUCGGCUGGAUGAAUAUGGUAAUACUAUAACUUUGAGUGUUUUCGAAACGUGCAAAAGAUUUCAUUUUUACCACCAUGCUACUCUGAAGUUCGAACGGAAAAUUAAGUUAUGUAUGUACAACAUUCUGUUCCUUUAGUAUUUUAUUUACAUGUGAUUGCAAAAAAUGUUGAGAUCUAAUUUCUCUGUUUGUUUUUUUUUGUUUUUUUUUAAGAGGGACAAGUACAAACUUCUGUUGCUCAGAAAGAUGCAGUAGAAGAAGAGCUACAAAGCCUUCAAAAGAGUGUGGAAGAAAAGGAAGAUCAAGUAAAGCAACAAGAGGAAAAAGUAACACAAUUAAAUGAGCAAUAUCACAAAUUUAAAUCUCUGCUUGAACAAAAAGGCUUUUCAGUAGCUAGGAGAAAAAAUGCCAGUACAACUUAUGAUAUGAUUACAAAUGUCAAUUCCAGCACUAAGUACAGACGAAGACAGGAGACAAAAAAUGUAUUAGAAUUUAUUCAUGGGGGAAAGGAAGGGUCAAUAUAUGGGGCUUGGGAUUAUAUUUCAUCUACUGCUGACAAUCAAACCAUGGACACACUGAUAUCUGGACUUAAACGAGGGAAAUAUCUCCAGGGUCUGUUUAACAAGACAAUGAAAGGGUAUCAAAAUUCCGAUGAGGCUUUGAAACAAGCUGUUUUUAUGAAGUACCAGAACUUUCUGUCUCGCAGAAAGCAUGCCCUUGUCUGCAAAACUCAGUGUUCAGUUUUUGAUCCAAACUCUGAUCUAUGGGUACCCCGUAACAUAAAAUGUUUAGGUUUGGACUUAAGGGUGCCAAAUAUAGCUAUUUCUGACAAACGGGUGGAGAAUUUUGUGAGAAGUCUUGACAUUGGUCAUGUUAAUCAAAUUCCCAAUGCACUGGGUGUUUCCAGAACAAUAACUGGGAUGGUUUUUAUGAUAAUUGAUCUGCACCUUAGACUUCCCUAUUUAUUCCGUAAGCUAAUUUGGUUUAAUGACAACAUAAAUCCUUUCAUCAUGCAAUUUUCUGAUGAUGGGGCCCCUGAGUCAAGUCAGCUAACCAUGUCAAUUGGCAGCUUAACAUCAUGGAAUUUUGGGGACAGGGUGAGAAGCAGGGAUUUCCAGUACAUUUUACAUUGUGUCAGUCGGGGGGAGAAAGAUGAGGUGUUACAAAGUAUCUGGAAGCAACACACUGAUGAAAUGGAAAUGUUAGAGGGUAAUGUAUUUGUUGUUUCUAACAAGCAGUGUACUGUAGAGUUUCAGCCCAGUGCUGAUAUGAGCUGGCAAAGCUGGGCUAACAAUGAGUUAAAUCAAGCUGCCACUUACCCAUCUCCUUAUGCUAACGUAAGUAAAGGAAAUAUGUGUAAUAUGGGUGCCACUAUUGGGAUGGGGGAGGAAGAUUUAUUCAAACCUUAUACUCUGGAGGUCAGAAAUUCCCAUGUUAAGAGGGGAAAUGAGUUUAUGAUUUCCCUGCCAUCUUCCCUGACUGAAAAAAAUCGCCACUCUAGAAAACUACAGUUCAUGGCAGAGAAUGGGAUUCGCCAGUUAGGCACCCCCCGAAUUGGAAUUUUUGCAGAGCGGCAGCGCCCAGAGCCUAUCCACUGUGAAAUUAAUGCAUGGCAACAUGUGUUAAAUAUCAUAUACAGGGUAGCAGCACAAAGAGGUGUUUUUACCAAAUUUAUUGAUAUAUUAAGUGCCUCAGCUGUAGAAAGGAGAGCUGAUCAAGGAAAUGGUAAUGGGAAUAGAAAAUCACAAGUUUAUGUUCCACAUAAUGAUGUUGCUGGAGAACGAUCUACUAGGGUUGAUUUUGUUAAUGCCUCUAACCAAAAGUUUGUAUGUGACCUGGGCAAUGCACUGUCAAGUAACCAUAAGGAAGAUUUUGGUGAACUUGGUUGUGGGUUGGGGUAUUUAGCUUCUGUGAUCAAGGAUCACUAUAAUGAUGAGGCUCAGAGGCAUAAGAAGCUUCCAGUACGGUUGAUAGGAGACCAGGCCAUUGCUUUGGCAAACUUUUCUUUUAGGCUCAUUGAUGCCCUUAAAGUCUUAGAUGAAUCCCCAGCCAAGAAACUAGAAAGAUUAGCGUUAGGAAAAAUUGCACAAUUCCUUAGGAAUGGUGGGGCUCUUUUUAACAAAAUUGAAGUUAGCCCUUCCUACCUUGGUGAGCUCACAGAAUUUUGUACGCUUUAUUUUAAUUUAUAUGCAUUAUUUUUUUCAUCAGAUGUUAAUGUAACUGUGUGGACAGUAGGGUAUGCCAUACCAUACCAUGCAACUAAACUGUAUGAAAGUUACAAAGUGGGUUAUGGUAUAAUAUCAUUACAGGCAAAAGAGGCUAAACAUUCAGGGGUUAAAAAUGACUCGGAUUUGACAAACAGAUCCAAUAAAACAACUGAAAAAGGGAAAUGGUGGCAAGUCAUGAGAGCUAAUUAUGUAAGAGCAUUUUAUUUGCCAGAACAUCAACCAAUGCCAAGUUCUUAUACUUCUCAUUUUAAGUCUCGGCUUCCUUCUCAGCUAAAUUCAAGCAACUUUUGCAAUUGUGGAAGAGAAAAGGAAAUUAAUGAGUAUAUAUGUGAGGUAUGUGUAGAUGCCAGGGUGACUGUCCAGUGUGCAGAGGGACAGCAACUAAUACCUGAAGUACUUUCAUCAUUAAAACCAGUCCUAUGCUCUGUAUGUAAUGAGAGAUUUCCUGAUACUGUAACAUACGAGGCUCAUAAAAGUGUUCACUUAUGCAGCAAACAGCCUGUUGGUCCAGCUACAAAUAGCCGUAAUCUAAACCCUAGAAAUAUGAAAGUAAGUGGCCUAAAAAUGGAGUUGCAAAGUAGGCAAUUAAGCACUAGUGGAAACAAAGAUGUUCUUAUUAGACGCCUUGAGGGUACAUUAGCAAGUGAGACUAUAUAG